CGUUCUUAUCAUCCUCUGUCCGAGUAGAGCAGCACAGCCUCACGUGGACUCAAGCCUUUAACAUCACAUCAACACUCAAGACAGAAGAGAAUCAACAUUGAUCAUUUGGUUCAAAACGCCUAACAUCUCUCUGAAAGGAUCUAGCAUAUAAAGUAGUAAAAGAAGCGGAGAGAAGCUGCUGUUUAAGGAGUACAGACAAGAGCGGUUCACGAUUUAUUUGCUAAAGACUUCCUUAGAGGAAUAAUGAGGAACAUUUGGAUAUUCCUGACGCUUUCAGCAGCUGUCUGCUUUUCCAGCAACAGGGUACUGGUCUCAGGUCAGGACCUCUAUCUGGAGGACAAACAGUCUGGUGACUACCCUUUAGACGAUGAUGACUUCACCUCUGGUUCAGGAUCUGGUGUCAGUGAAACAGACAAUGAUAUGGAUACAUCCACAACAAGUUUGCAGUACCCAGAAAUCAAAGCCGAAUCCACUCCGGAGACUGUCUACACCAGCAGCCCCAGUUUGGAGUUAUACACUUCCGAAGAGACAGAUCAAAUUAGCAAAGAGACAGUCAAUGACUCGGAUCUGGAAACAGAGAUCUUUGACAAGACAGAAAAUCAUCAGGUCACUGUUGAAGCCACCAGCUCAUCAAGUGUUGUACACGAUGCUGAUCCUUUUCAUGAGGUUCGCACAGAAAAUCCAUUCCAGAGGACAGAAGUACUGGCAGCCGUUAUAGCCGGCGGAGUGAUUGGCUUCCUGUUUGCGAUCUUCCUCAUCCUCCUCCUGGUGUACCGUAUGAGAAAGAAGGAUGAGGGCACCUAUGACCUUGGAGAGUGUAAGCCACCCAGCUCAGCCUAUCAGAAGGCUCCAAGCAAGGAGUUCUACGCCUGAAUGACCAAACAUUGCCAACAGUAAUGUUGUAAUGACAACCAUCUUCUCUACAAGAAUAACCUGGCUUGGUAGCGCCUUGAGGAGAUUCUUUUUAAGGGGGACCUUUACUUAUUUCAAAAUGUUUUUUUUCUUCACAAAGCCAACAAGGGCUUCUAUUUUCUCAAAAUCAAAAAUGUCAAACAAACAAACAAACAAACAAAAUUCUUUAUGUUUUUUUAAAGCAAAUUAUUGGAAAAGAAAUGUAUGAAAUCUUAUACAAACUUUAUUGACUACUUUGUAACUGUAGAGGUACAUUUUAAGUCAAUUCAGAGGUGGAAAUUUUGGGUGAUACGUGUGCUUUUUCUGAUACCUUUAAUUUUUCACUGAUUACAUUUUAGUAACUUACGAGUUUAUUGUCGACUUUAUCAAUAAUUUGGUUUAUCUCAGCCUUUUUUGUAAAGGGUUAUUUCUCCAUUGGCUUGUGUCAUUAUCUUAUGUUCUUCAGUCUACAUGAAUGUUUGCAUUUUUGUCUGGCCAUUUUGCAGAAUGUUUAGAUGUAUUUUGUUUCAUUUAUUAUUCUGUAGUACAGUGUUAAGGUCUCUGAAGGUUCAAAUUCUACUUUGCCUGAAGCCAAGAACACAUUCCACCUUGCUUGUACUCUUUCUCUCUCUCUCUCGCUCUCUCUCUCUCUCUCGCUCUCGCUCUCUCUCUCUCUCUCUCUCUCUCUCUCUCUCUCUCUAUGUCUGUAUAUCUCAAGCUCUCAUGCAGGGUAAAAUCAGUUGUACUUAAUUGUUUUUCUGUGACACGGCUAUCUCUGUGACACGGUUAAUUUAGUAAUUAGAAUGAAUUUAAAGAUGUAGAAUUGCACAAAAUAUUUUCAAGUACGUCAACUUUAUGUUUUCUUUUUUCCCCCACACAAAACUAUUUUAUAUUCCAGUACUACAGAAAAAUAAAAACUUUAAUCACAAAUAAAAUAUGGAAUAUUUUCAGAGGCAAUAAUUCUUCAUGAUGAACAAGUUUCACACUAUAUUCCAUUACAUUUAGACAUAUAACCAACACUGUACAACAAGGUACGCAUUUUCUUGGAAAUCUAACCUAUGACCAUGACGUUUGCUGGCGCCCUGCUCUACCAGUUGAGAUCAGUGACAGGUUAAUGGCAUUUACCAAGUAAAAUGUAUCAGUAUUACUCCCAAAUCUUCAGAAUUCACUGUUGACUGAAUACUUAAUGAAGGUCAUUUUUCUUUCAUAAUAAUAUCCUCAUGUGGAAAAGCUUUUAAAAUGAAUCCAUUUACUGUAUGGUUCUGACUCAUGCAUUCCAAAGACUUAAACAGUGUUGUUAACAGUGACGGUGAUUAAUAGUGUGGAUCACAUUUGCUCAUUUUUAAUCUCUCCUCUCUUUUUAUGUACAUUUCCAUGAUGUUUCUUUAAAGACCUGACCAUUUAGAGUCAAUGACGUCUAUAUGUUAAUAUACAAUAAUUUAUAGAAUAUAAUUAUUUAUAUACUACAUAUUAUAUGUAAAAUGUUAGUUAAAAAAUCUAUGGAAAUGUAUAUUCACAAAUGUUUUAGAAGCCCUUGAAGUGCCUACUAUCCUGAAACAGAUCUACAUGGAUUUGAGGACAUUUGUGCAUCAGAUAAUGAUGUUAAAAGCGGCAACUGGAGAAAUGUGAUGAAUGGCAAUGUUACAGAAUUAAAAAAUCAAUAUUGUAUUUCAUUAAAAAAACACUACUGAAUAAACAUUUUCUCAUGGUAUUUUCAUCAUGU